CCUCUCUAGGGUGCUGGGAGCACUGGGGGAAGCAGGGAGGAUGGGAGAUUUCAGAGUCCGGAGCUGGGGUAUGUGGAGCUGGAGAAGAGACUCAGUGAUUUCUCUCUGAAAAGUGCCCACCUGCAGGAGGUGCUGCUGGGAUUCAAAGAGACGCUGCGACGGGAGCUGGGGAGCGACACAGGCUGCAGAAUAACACCCCCAUUUAGCUCCAGAUUGUCCCAUCCUUCAAGGAGAGGGGGAAGGGAAAUGGCUGCAGAAGAGCAGGCUCAGGGGCCGGUGACCUUCGAGGAGGUGGCUGUGUAUUUCACCAGGGAAGAGUGGGCUCUGCUGGACUCCACUCAGAGAGCCCUCUACAGGGAUGUCAUGCAGGAGAACUGUGAGAAUGUGACCUCGCUGGGGGCAAGGUGCUGCAGAGUACAGAUUCAGCUCCCGGAUCCCGCAGCAGCGCAGAGGCAUCCGUCUCCUUCCCUGGCUCCCACUCAACUGAGCUGCAGAGCCCUCACUUUAUACAUCCUGUCCAGCUCUGGUACUUCCGAGUUUCCAGUUUCCAAAUUUGAUGUGAUCUCCCAGCUGGAACGAGGAGAAAAGCCAGAUGUCCAGGGCUCAGAUGAAAGAGAGAUCUGGAAGGAUGCCUGUCCAGCAGGUGCUGGGAUGUUGAAUGAGAACAAGGAGCAGAAUCCUCAGCAGCAAGAUGCUGAGCAAGUGGAAGCACAUGCGGGAUUAUCACAAAGAUCCAAAGGGAAUGUGUCCUGGCAUCAUGUGGAGGGAAAAGCCUGUGAGAGUGACCACAGGCCAGAGAGAGAGCAGGGAAACAAGACAGGGGAGAAAAUUAGUAAAUCCAUUAAUUAUCAGGAAACUCAGAAGGAAACCACAGCUCAGAAGAGACUCCUCACAGGAGAGCGAAACAACACAUGCGCUGAGUGUGGGAAAAAUUUCAGUAGCCACUCACACCUUAUAGAACAUCAGAGAAUUCACACAGGGGAGCGACCCUACAAGUGCUGUGAGUGCGGGAAAAGCUUCACUCGGAGCUCAACCCUUCUUAGGCAUGAGAGGGUCCACACAGGAGAGAGACCCUAUCAAUGUUGUGACUGUGGGAAAACCUUCAGUCAGAGUUCAUCCCUUAUUACACAUCAGAGGACCCAUACGGGAGAGAGACCCUACGAAUGCCAUAAGUGCAGGAAAAGCUUUGCUCGGAUCUCAACUCUUGUUAUGCAUCAGAGCACCCACACAGGAGAGAGAUCCUAUGAAUGCUGUGAGUGUGGGAAAACCUUCAGUCAGAGUUCAUCCCUUAUUGCACAUCAGAGGAUCCACACAGGAGAGAGACCCUAUGAAUGCCGAGAGUGUAGGAAAAACUUCAGUAGCCGCUCAGGGCUUUUUGACCAUAAGAGAAUCCACAGAGGGGAGAGACCUUAUGAAUGCUGGGAGUGUGGGAAAACCUUCACUCGGAGCUCACACCUUAUUACACAUCAGAGAAUUCACACAGGAGAGCGCCCAUAUGAAUGCUGUGAGUGUGGGAAAAACUUCUCUCAGAUCUCAGCCCUUAUUAGACAUCAAAGAAUUCACACAGGAGAGAGACCCUAUGGAUGCUGUGAAUGUGGGAAAAACUUCUCUCAGAGCUCAGCCCUUACUGCACAUCAGAGAAUCCACACAGGAGAGAUUCUCUAGAGAUGCUUCUUGUGGGAAAAGCUUCCAUCAGAGCUCAGCCUUUAUUUAUCAUCAGAGAAUCCACAUGGGAGAUAAACACCAUAAAAACCUUAUCUAGAGCUGACCAAAAAUAAAUUUCUUUAAUACUUUUGCUAAUUCCCACAUAGGGGCCUUUCAGGCUGUUUGAAUCAUUUACAUUACCAUGGUCUCUCCAAUCUAUCCAGUGAGCUUCUGGCUUGGGCCUCUUUUUGCCUCUCGAGGUCCCUUCCUUUCCUACAAAUCCAUGACUUUCUGUGGAAGUUAUGUCCAAGCACAAGAUGGUUUGGGAAAUUAUUAAAGUGAUUCCUCUUAUAACAAAAUUGUUCUCAGUGGUGGCAGAUGACAGAACAAGGAGCAAUGGUCUCAAGUUGCAGUGGGGGAGGUCCAGGUUGGAUAUCAGGAAAAACUAUUUCACUAGGAGGGUGGUGAAACACUGGAAUGCGUUACCUAGGGAGGUGGUGGAGUCUCCUUCCUUGGAGGUUUUUAAGGCCCGGCUUGACAAAGCCCUGGCUGGGAUGAUUUAGCUGGGAAUUGGUCCUGCUUUGAGCAGGGGGUUGGACUAGAUGACCUCUUGAGGUCCCUUCCAACUCUGAUAUUCUGUGAUUCUGUGAAAAUGCUGGCUUCCUAGAUAUACCCUCACCUGUUCACUUAGUUCUGCGGUAAAGGAUCUGCCUUUUAAACAGAAUGCCAGAUGAGUUCAUCCUUAUUGCUAGCAGUUUCACUGUAUUGAAUAUUCUUGGAAAAAUGUGACCCGCUUUCUCCUAUGGCAUGGAGUAUAUAAAAAUAUAGACUGUUCUUGUAGUGGAAAACUUUGAUAUCAACUACAUAAGCAAGAGAAGUGCCAAAAAAGAGGAUAGCUAUUUAGCAAUUUCGUCAUAUAUUCUCUUGGACUCGGGAGGUGGUGGAAUCUCCAUCCUCAGAGGUUUCUAAGGCCCGGCUUGACAAAGCCUUGGCUGGAAUGAUUUAGUUGGUGUUGGUCCUGCUUUGAGCAGGGGAUUGGACUAGAUGACCUCCUGAGGGCUCUUCCAAUCCUAAUCUUCUAUGAUUCUAUGUGUUAAUGGGCCAUGUUAAGGCAUUGCUGAAAGAGGGCAGAGUUAAUGUGUAUGUGCAACCUUAAUUGUGCCUUUCCUUAUUUUCACAUGUUUGUUUUGCUGAAGUUGAGGUUCUGCAAGGGGUUGAUAUCCUCCCAGAUAACCAUAACUGUGUUGAUGAAGGUUUUUGCCCUUUAAUUAAUACCAGGGGUAGAGGCCCUGGUUGCCCCCUAGAUAUUAAUGAGCGUGCAAAGUCAACACCAGGACUAAAUGCUUAGGAAUAAAAUAAUGAUCAUCCCCGUGGGCCACCACUCCUUUAAACCAAUCAAGCCCCAAUCAAAGCUUGGAAGGGGACAUUGAAAAAUGCAUAAGAAUUUUUUCUCUGUCUGAAAGACAGAGCUCUAGGCUUUACUUUGGAAUUCAUUAACGAUUAGCCAUGCACCCUUUCAUUUAUAAACACGGCCCAUUGCUGAGAUCUCCCAGGGGUUUUAAAUUUAACACCCAACGACUUGAUGAUCUCUUUUUAUUUCCAAAAUUUCAACUCAGCACCUUUGUCUCCCAUGUCCUCUGGUGGCCUCACAUGCUGGCCACAAUGCAAGCCUAUGUGGUCUCUUGCAGUAUAUGUGCUUGCUGCAAGGCACAGCCCAAUAAACCCUUUGGACUCCUGCAACCACUUAAGACUCUACCGGGUCCCUGGACAGCCAUCACCUUAGAUUUUGUAGUAGAAUUAUCCAAGUCCAAUGGGUUUCAUGACCAUUCUGACAGUAGUGAACCACCGCAUAAAGAUUGGAUAGUUCAUCCCCUGAACUGGUUUACCAUACUCCCAGGAAAUUGCCUGGCUCUGGGUGGUAUAAGUUGUCCACCUCCAUGACCUUCCAGAACACAUCAUCUCCCACUUUUGGUGAGAAGCUGUCUGGAUUUUGGAUAUGUAAUUCUCCCUCUCCUCUGCCUACCACACUUAGAUGAAUACUUAAGUAGUGAGAACCAACAAGAUCCUGGAAUAGUAUGUUCGAUGCUACAUAAACUUCCACCAGAACAACUAGUCCUUGCUGCAACCUCAGGGAGAGCUUGUGUACAGUAAUGCAGAGCACAGUUCUACGUGGCAAAGCCCUUUUAUUUCAAACAAUGAGUUCCACCCUUGGUUCUACCUGGAAUUACCUGCAACUUCCCAAAAUGCAGCAGCCCUGGACUGGAUUCAACACAAACAUCAAACCUGAGAUGGCAUAAAAGUUCAUCUGGAGGACACGAAGAAGAUCUACAAACAAUAUGCAACCCAUUGAAGAGAAGAGGGCCCUGCCAUUAUGCUAGGCCAGAAGGAAUGGCUCCUCAUGAAAAACCUACACAGGAACAGACCAACUCGUACAUUGGAUUACCAGUUCUUUGGGCCCUACCAAGUAAGCUGGCAAAUUCACCCAGUCACCUUUGAAUUCAACUUACCCCAUUGCCUCUGCAUAAUCCUAGUUUUCCAUUAAACACUUCUGAAACCCCA